AACUCCCCUUCAUAUUGCAGCAAUAAAGGGAAAAAAGAGAUUGUUGAAUUGCUUUUAUCACAUAGGGCAAAUGUCAACGCAUUUGAUUCUUUAAAUAGAACUCCACUUCAUAAUGCAGCAAUAAAGGGAAAAAAGGAGAUCGCCGAAUUGCUUUUAUCACAUGGGGCAAAUAUCAACCAAUUUGAUCCUUCUAAAAGUACUCCCCUUCAUAUUGCAGCAAUAAAGGGAAAAAAGAGAUUGUUGAAUUGCUUUUAUCACAUAGGGCAAAUGUCAACGCAUUUGAUUCUUUAA